CCUUGGUCGGUGAUCUUCCAUGUCCAGCGUCCGCACAGUCAACCCGAACGCUGAAGUCGUCGCGCGCUCCCAAGCUCUCCUGGUUAAUGUCAGCGCUGCCCGCGGUCUGCAGGGCGUGCUCAAGUCCAACUUGGGCCCCCGUGGAACCCUGAAGAUGCUUGUUGGUGGUGCCGGCCAAAUCAAGCUCACAAAGGACGGGAAUGUCCUCCUCCAUGAAAUGCAGAUCCAACACCCCACCGCCGCCGUGAUUGCUCGCGCGGCCACCGCUCAAGAUGACAUCACUGGGGAUGGAACUACCUCGAGCGUGCUCUUCACUGGGGAGCUGCUCAAACAAGCAGAACGAUUCCUUUCGGACGGCCUCCACCCCCGCAUUCUUGCCGAAGGAUUCGAAUUGGCCCGCGAAGAAGCCCUUCGUGUUUUGGACAAGAUCAAGGUGGAAAAGCCCAACUUGCUGCACGACCGCGAACUCUUGACCAGCGUCGCCCGCACUUCGCUACGCACCAAGUUGGAUCAGCAGUUGGCCGACCAACUGACCGAAAUUGUCACGGACGCUGUCUUGACCAUCGCGGUGCCUGGGCGCCCUGUCGACCUGCACAUGAUUGAAAUCAUGCAUAUGGUCCAUCAAAGUGCCGCCGAUACGAGGUUGAUCAAAGGUCUCGUGCUCGACCAUGGCUCCCGCCACCCCGACAUGCCGUCCGAACUGGACAACUGCUACAUCAUGACGUGCAACGUCUCUCUCGAGUACGAAAAGAGCGAAGUGAACUCGGGUUUCUUCUACAACAGCGCCGAGCAGCGCGAGAAGAUGGUCGAAGCCGAGCGCAAGUUCACAGAUGACAAGGUCAAGCAGAUCAUCGAGCUCAAACGUCACGUGUGCACGGAAGAGAACAAGGCGAACUUUGUCAUCAUCAACCAGAAAGGCAUCGAUCCGUUGAGUUUGGACAUGCUGGCGAAGGAAGGCAUCUUGGCUCUCCGCCGCGCCAAGCGCCGCAACAUGGAGCGCCUGACCCUUGCGUGCGGCGGCAUGGCGAUCAACUCGACCGACGACAUGGACGUGAGCAUGCUCGGGUGGGCUGGCAAGGUCUACGAACAAACUCUAGGCGAAGACAGCUACACGUUUGUGGAAGACGUGCGCCACCCGCAGAGUUGCUCGAUUUUGAUUAAGGGUCCCAAUGAGCACACGAUUGCCCAAAUCAAAGACGCUGUACGAGACGGCAUCCGCGCUGUGAAUAACACACUCGAAGAUGCGAGUGUAGUCCCAGGUGGCGGCGCCUAUGAACUGGCAGCCCACCGGGCGCUGUAUGCGUUCAAGGACACGAUCAGCGGCCGAGCGAAACUGGGCGUGCAGGCAUUUGCCGAUGCCCUGCUCAUCAUCCCGAAGGUGUUGGCGGAAAACUCGGGCCUGGACGUCCAAGACGCGCUCUUGGCGUGCUUGGAAGAAGGCGCCAAGUCGGGCGAGGCCGUCGGGCUGGACCUGUUUUCGGGCCAGCCCAUGCUCCCGUUACAGGAAGGCAUUUUGGACAACUACCGCGUGAAGCGCCAGUUUAUCCACUUGGCAACGGCGCUGGCGUCCCAGCUGCUGCUUGUCGACGAAGUGAUGCGGGCAGGACGACAAAUGGGCAAGAGCCAACAACCAGAAGGCCCUCAAGACGAUUAGAUAGAUUAAGAAACAAUGGGAAAAAGGCAUGACGAUGGA